AUGUACGCUCGUGGCCCAUCGCCAGGAAUUUGUGGUCGCGAUCUGCCGCGGGACCGCGCUCACAGUAUAUUAGCGAUCGACAGGCGCGUCGCGGCACGAGGGCACGGGUUCCUUGCUCCAGUUAGGCGACCAAGCUACAGGCAGUCAGUCAGGCGCGAAAUGGAUUGGCGCGAUUGGAUGCUAGUGUUAGUAGCUAUUUUCAUGCCACCAGUGACGGUGGGCGUUAAGCGUGGGGCGUGGAGUAGGCCAUUUCUGGCAAGCAUGGCGCUCUACGUGGUGGGGUUCCUGCCGUGUUUGGUGCACGCGCUGUACGUGGUCUACCAGAGCUCGUACGACAUCGAGCUGAAACCACUCCGAGCAGGUAUUGCAGGCGAGGCGGGGUAUGACGCCACCGGCAUGAGGGCAGGGGGGGUGCGCCGUGACCCGGAGUCCGUACACCGUGAUCUUUGA